AAAUAGGACACGCACAAGAUCAAAAGACGCAGACCGAGCAACACGUUCUCAGUAUUGUACUCCGGGUGGACGUAAUUUGCACAUUAAAUCCCCACCCGCUUACAAAAAGUACUGGCUCAAAGACAUAUUCCUGUUUAAAAUAACUCUACUGCAGAAAGAGUAAUAUAUUGGUAGGAACCAUGGGGAAUGUAUUGUCUUGUGUUGCUGGAAUCAGGGGACUAAUAACAACGACCGACAAGGAAGCAGAGUUUUCGAAAGCGCGCUAAUUGGGCUCUGAUGCCAGUAUUUUUUAGGGAAUACUAGCUUUAUACCACCUUUUUUUUUUUUUGAUCUGUUUUUUUUAUAGAUUUCUUUCGCAUGACAUCCCAUCAGUCGGUAUGCUCAAGUAGGUGACGUUAGGAGGCUGGCAUUGCUACUGUGCUUUGUCCCCCUGUGUUACUAGACAUGUGGGGAGAGAUCGACCAUCUUUGCGAUACAAAUCCGCCUGUGAGCGUUGAAUCAGAGGCCUGCAGACAGCCCAAACCCCGGGGACCAGGAACUGCUUCCAGAUGCAAUGAACCUGCUAAUACCGCGGAGGAGCCGUGGGACGACCAGGGCGAUGCCACUCCUGUAUCUGCCAUGAUCGAAGCGCUGGCUCGGAGCGGUAUCCAGGUGAAGAGCCAGCAGGUGGGGGAUGCAGAACUGAAUUUAGCCCAGAGGAGAGAGGAGCUGCUGGGCCAGUACCAGACCAAACCCCUGGUCUUCCUGGAGCGAUAUCAGGCCUCCCUUUCCCCCGAGCACCUGGGAGCGUUCUCCCACCUGACCUCUGACCCCCGAGCGCAGCACUACUGCCAAGAGGUGAUGCGGCGAGCGGAGGGACAGACGAACAGGACUCGAGUACGGAACCAACGCUAUGCUGCCCUUCGGGAACUGCAGAAGGGGGGACAGUACUUCAGUGAGGAGCAAAUGAGGGGUAGGGAGCCCCUGCUAUAUGAGCAGUACAUUGGCCAGUAUCUAACUGAAGAAGAGGUUCUGCAGCGCUCCUUGGAUGCAAUGCAGGCAGAUACAGGAGAAGGGGCGCUAGGGGGAGCAGGAGGAGGCGGCACACAGGGGGGACUGGCCCAUCUUCUCCUCAGCUCCUACCAGGAGAGAGUGAUCCAAAGCCGGCUGCAGGAGGAGCAGGACAUGGAGGAGAGUGCACGUGAGGAAGAGGACGAUGGAGAGGAGGGGGAUGUAGGGUUGGGGGCAGAAGGCUGGGAACUGACCCCCCAGGAGAAAGCUCUUCUUAGAGACGAGUUCAUCAGUCAGAUGCACCAACGCUUCCUGGAUGGACACGAUAAAGACUUCAAUUACAGGACUGAGCUGCUCUAUUCAUGGGAAGGCAUUUCCACUCCAGGUCAUAUCCAUCCUGGUUAUAAACCGCACUGUAUCCUCCUCCCAGAGUGCAAAUUACUUGGGUGUGAUCCUAGAAGACACACUGUUGUAUUUUGCUAACAUCAAGGCAGUGACUCACUCCUGCAGUUUCAUGAUCUACAACAUUCGUAGAGUACAUCCUUACCUCACUCAGGUAGCAGCAUUUGUAGUUACCCAGGCCCUUGUCAUGUCACAUCUGGAUUACUGAGACUCACUCUUGGUCGGUCUCCUGGUGUGCAACCAAACAAAACUAAAUGACGAGUGAAGGCAAAUAGAGGAGGGCAGAACAUUUACAAGUAUUAAGUAUAUGUAUGUACAAGUGGGGAAUGAAUAGUUAUGCGAUGAGGCAAAUGCAAGUACAAAUGGCAAUUCACUAAACUAGCUUCCAGUUGAAGAUCGAGUCCAUAUCAAGGCAAUGGUAAUAGCUUAUGGAGCAACUAGAGAAGCUUCUCCUGCCUACCUUCAGGCACUUUUCAAACCAUAUAUCCCUCUCUUCUUUAAGCCAUCUCUGGGCUCUUGGCUGUCCCACCCCUUUGAGCCACACAGUCAUAACUCUUCACUGUCCUUGGACCUCAAUGGUCUCUUGGAGGCUAGGAUAGCAGAGUGUCUGUCUUCAGAAAACACCUGAAAACUCACCUUUUCAGUUCCUUAAAUAGUUUCACCUCCGCAACCUCUGUUGUCUUGUGUAAAUGUUGCUUUUUGUUUUGUGUAUGGGCGUCUUUCCAGCACUGACUUUUGCCAAAAACUCAUUCAUUGAUUAGAAAGCACUCACUACUAAGCUGUGUCGUUGUUUCAUCUGGAUCUCUUAAUGUAUGCACUUACUGUCAUUGGCUGUAGAUAAGAAUGUCUGCUAAAUGGCUAACAGGUAAAGGUAAAAUGUUCUUGCGGUAACAGAAAAAGACAGUGGUUAGAGUUGUUACAUAUUCAUUUUUACAAUUGAAACUAUAACUAUGAUCAUUGUUUGUGACAAAAAGGUUCUAGAAAGAGAAGUAAUGAAUGUGCUCAUCUGCUGAGUGGUUGAACAUCUGCUGAGUGGUUGAACAUCUGCUGAGUGGUUGAACAUCUGCUGAGUGGUUGAACAUCUGCUGAGUGGUUAAAUGUUUGUGUUUCGAUGUAAGAAAUUAUUUCUUCACCUUUCAUCUUAUGUGGUGUUGGAGUCAUUACUUCAGAUCCAUGAUUAGUUACCACAAUAUGUGUGUGUUUCAGUGAGGUGGAUGGGAACCCAGACAAUGACAACAUGGACAUCAGUAUGUGUGUGUUUCAGUGAGGUGGAUGGGAACCCAGACUAUGACAACGUGGACAUCAGUAUGUGUGUGUUUC